GAAUUCGACAUAGGAACGAUGAUAGUCUAAGUCCCAAGUGAAUACUGAUGACUUAGAUACAACUACGGCAAAAUGCACACGCCUAAUUCGAUUAUAUAUGAUCAUUAUCACUUUCACUUUGUUUAUAACCUUAUCUAUUGUUAAAUUAGUAGUAAUAAGGUAUAUGAGAUUUAAAAUAUAAUUUGAAUAUUUAUUUUGUGCAUAAUUUAAAAUCGUUAUACUAUAAGAUGUCACUAUCUAUUGAAAAACAAAUCGAAUUAUUAUUAGCUGGUCAUCCUCUAGAAAUUGAUGACACGUAUGAUAUUAACCAUACCGUGCAAAAUGACAUAGGUGGAAAAGGAACACCUAGUACUUAUAUACCAAUUUGUCAAAAAACUGUAACAUAUAUUGUUGCUGCUGUAGUGAUAAAUAAUCAAGGGGAAGUAUUAAUGAUGCAAGAAGCAAAAGCUACUUGCAAUGGAAAAUGGUAUUUACCUGCUGGCCGUGUUGAACCUAAUGAAAAUUUAGUAGAUGCUGUUAAAAGAGAAGUCUUAGAGGAAACAGGACUUAUAUUAAAUCCAGAAACAUUGAUACUAGUCGAAUGUGCAACUGGUUCAUGGUUUAGAUUUGUAUUUACUGGAAAAAUAACUGGUGGCAAAUUAAAAACAUUAGAAGAAGCAAAUGAAGAAUCAUUGCAAGCAUGUUGGGUGAAUAAUGUUAAUGAUCUAUCACUCAGAUCACAUGAUAUUGUAUCUUUGAUAGAGAGAGGUAAAAUUUAUGUCACAAAUAAAAAUAUUUCACAACAUCCACAUUUAAUGCCAAUUAGUACACCAUUGUCUAAAUUAUUGUUGCGGCUAACAGUCACCUCAAAAAAGAGAUCAACGAAUAAAUUGCACGUGCUUAUAUCAGACACCAUGCCAUUUCGUUUACCAAUUUGUGAAAUUAAUCCAAAUCGCAACCUCCUUUCUACUUUACAUAAUUUUAUGAAGGAAUUAUUUGGAAAUGGAGUUGCACAACAUAAACCACAUGGUAUACUUUCCAUAGAAUUUAGUGGAGGACAAGGAGGAGAUGGACUUUGUUUAACAUUAUUGGUAUCAUUUAAAUUACCUGUAGAAGACGUACCUGCUACAGGAAAAUUCAUUUGGCAUGAGUUACCCGAAAAUCUCGCGACAAGUAUUACUUAUCGUUUACCACGAAAUAUGACGGUACCUUUAAAUGUUAUACGAUGAUUAAAUAUGCAUAAUGUACAUUAGAUAUACACAGUAUAAUUGCAUUUCAAAUUUUA